ACUCGAAGUAAAAUUCUCAUCGAUCAUUACCUAAUUCCUGUUCGUUAUAUUAUGAUUCUGAUUUACUCUAUUGAUCUUUUGAUUUACUUGGAUUUGUGCUGUUUCUCUGCUUAAUUUGUAUUUAGAUAAGUAAGUGGAUGUUGAUUUUCUAUUUUGUAUUGUUGCCGAACUGUCAUGCUUGUUUUGGAUUAUCUAGGUUUUGUUGCUUAGUUUAACAUUAGCGUUAUGCGAGAAAGGAUAAUGAUGAGAAAUACUCUUCUACUCUCGGCUCUUUGGUUUGCAAAUCGUGCUAUUAUUUUCUUCUUUUUCAAUCAAUUCGAGGCUUAAGUCGCAUUGAUGAUCCUAAUUUGUGCUGAUUUUCUGAAGGAGAAUUUCACUCGGUCUAAUUAAUCUUACUCGGAUUCAUGCUGUUUCCUUGUUUAAUUUGUCUCUGUAGAAGUUUGUGGACGUUGAUCUUCUAUCAACUAUUUCAAAGACUAAGCAUUAAAAAAAGAGUUUAUCCAGCGAUCAUACCUGUUGAUAGCAAGAAAGUAUCUGGCAAGAUUCUUUCAGGCAUCAAAGACUUCGAAAUGGAUAUUUUAGACGCAUUUGAGGCUGUUGAAUACAAGAGGAUUGCAGUUGAGGUCUCCUUAAAGGACAGUUUGGAGAAGCUAUUAGCUUAUGCUUAUGUUUGGGACAACGAAAAGGAUCCAAACUUGUAUGGAGAUUGGGAUUUUGAGGAGUGGAAGCGAGAUUAUCUGGAAGCUUAUGUCAAGAGGGUCGAUAAAUUUAUGAAAGAAUUUGAGCAGCAGACGACACCAUAAAAAUGUCUGGCCGCUGAUGGAGAAGGAUAGCGAUGCUAAGAAUCAGCUCUCCCGUCUCCAGUUUUAUUUUCUUCAAUUCUGCAUCGAGCAUGCGCAAGACAUCCUUGGCAUAUAAAAAUGAUACAAGCAUUUUCACGAACAUUUGAUGUGCCUCUUGGACCAUCGGCUUUCUCUACACAUUUUCCUUCCAAAUGCAAAGAUAUAUUUAUGAAUCUAUUGUAUUUAUUUUUCAGUCUAUUUUCUGAAUUUUUUUCUUCCUUGCUACUGUUAUUGUGUUCCCCUAAAUAGGAUACUGACAUCUUUCCUUUCGGUUCCCCAUUAAUAGAGAUUCCUACCUCUGUAUCAAGGCAUCAACUAUUUUUUCCAUCAUCUCUUUUGUUAUUUUCUGUUAUAUUGUAAACUAACGAAUGUAUUUGCUGCCGGAAAUACGCCAGAAGAUAAGCAAUGUAAGUAGGGCCUUAUCUUUUGGUUCUUCUCUUUUGCUCUCCAUCUCAAAUUUUUCUAUCAUUUAAUAAAGUCAUGGCAUGUAGCUUGUUUUGGAUUA